AUGGAGUGGUAUGUCCUGGUGUUGAUACUUAGCUUGCCAUCUUCGACCCAAGCAGACUGCUCUUCCCAGUGUCUGCAAUGCGCGCAACAAAUCCUCAAUGCAGACAUCCCAGUCAACAGCCUGGUAAGAUUAGCUUUACAUCAUGACAAGAUAACUUUGCUUUUAUCCAAUGGAAACAAACAGCAAGUGUUGUUUUACGUUGAUGUGUGUUUAUUUAUCUUUAAUGGUGUAAUUUUUGUUAUCAAAAAGCGUGGAGUGUUGAGCAUGUUGUGGCAGUGCGCAAAGGCUCGUGGCGCAUUUCAGCACCAUGGAGAGCGCGCGUGGAUUGUGGAAGCGAGUGUGAAUGAUCUAAAGACAAACUUGCCAUUUUUCCCAAAUAUGUUCUACAGAAACCUGGGGAUACAAAUUAAUGACAAACUCAGAUUAAAUAUUUUAUGUAGUAAACAAACAAAGCCAUAUAACUGAAUGUACAUCAAUAUAUGCUACUCUCUUUUUAUUUUCUAGCCGUAUCAUGCAGUUAGUAAAUCGGCCGAUUUUUGCUCACUGCUCUUUGCAUUUUCCUUCCAGACUUGUACCUUGGAAUGUGAGGGAACUCUACUGACUACCGCCGAGUUAGACAAAUGCGGGAAGACUCUCCAGUCGCGCACAGUGGGCUCGGAGUUCAGCGAUGAAGAUGCGGGUGCGCGGACCACGCCAGAGAGGGAGGACGACCAAGACGCUUCAAUUGCAAACAUGGUCAAGCGUUACGGUGGAUUCAUUAAACGAAUUGACAAAAACAAAAACAAAUUGUUAUCCUCUCCGUGGCGCGAAAAUGGCGCUUAUAAAGGAGCGUACGCGUUCCCUAAGAAAUACGAGGACUUGCUUAGAAAAUUUGGAGAGAGAGAACUCUCGGAGUUUUCAGAGGACGAUCAGGGCGGAGAUGUUGAUUCUGAAAACGAGAUGGGAGUGUUCAAUGAUGAUGAAGCAGCAGUAAACAAGGUCAAACGUUACGGAGGGUUUUUACGCAAAUUUGGUCCAAAGACAAAGUCAAAGAGAAGUGACUCCAGGGAGCAAGGUAGUCGAGAGGAGUUACAAAAGCGAUAUGGAGGUUUCAUGCGAAGGAUUCGGCCAAAGUUGAACAACUUGAACACCUUGAAGUGGGACAAUCAGAAGAGGUACGGUGGCUUUCUACGUCGCCAUUACAAAUUAUCCGUUCGUUCUGAUGAGGAGCCUAGUUCAUAUGAUGACUUUGGUCUAUAG